GAGACUAGACUCUAUAAGAUGGAGCCUGCUUGCUAGCAGGCCGAGCAUGCCGGAAUGGUUGACUCUCUAGAUGCUCUAGCGCCUUGCGGGUUCAUGUCUCCCUAUGUAUCUUCUGACUGCUAGGCUGCUAGCAUGGAUCCAUCCAUCAACCUAGCGGACCUACCGCACGAUGAGAGGGCAAACGUGUUGAUCGGUGCCGUAUGUUUGGUAUCCAGUCUGGCCACCCUCGCGGUGGGGCUUCGGCUCUACACCCGGUCUCGUAUGCUCAAACAGCUCGGAGUUGAUGACUAUCUGAUCACGAUAGCGCUGAUGUUUACUGUGGCAACGGGAAUUUCACAAUGCUUGAACACGCGCAACGGGCUGGGGAAACAUAUGUGGGAUUUUGACACCGUUGAGCAGCUCAAGCGUUACUUGAAGGGGUUCUACGUUUCCAUUACUCUCUACACUACCGGGCUCAUGUUCAUCAAGCUGGCAUUCUUGGCCCACUACUACCGAGUCCUUGCUGUAAAAAAGAUGCGGAUAGCCAUCACCGCAGCCAUGAUCAUCAUUGGGUCUUGGUCACUCUCUCAAGUACUCGUUAGUAUCUUUACCUGCGACCCCAUCCGCGGGUUCUGGGAGAAGUCGACAGAGCCAACCUGCAUCCCAAACUUGCCCCAGUGGUAUAUCAAUGCGGCAGGGAAUAUCGCGACGGAUAUUGCGGUCUUCGUAUUGCCGCUUCCUGUUAUCGGGCAUCUGAAACUACCUAAGGCCCAGCGACUUGUCCUCAUUGGAAUUUUCAGCCUCGGCUUCUUCACUUGCGCUAUCUCCGUUAUUCGCAUCCGGUAUUUGGAUCAGGGCGGAGACUUUUCGUAUGAAAAUGUCGAGGGAUCUUGCUGGUCUAUUACCGAGUUGUGUUCGGGAGUCAUCUGUGCUUGUCUACCCACACUACGCCCCCUGGUUUCUAGAUGGGUUCCUGCUCUUUCGAACCGCCUUCACAAAUCGGCGAGGGGCUAUAGAAGACACUCCGACUCAAAUGCAGGCGAUCUUGAGCGGGGAAGUACACACAUUCGUGGCAACUCGGACGCGAGCAACAUGUUAGACUGGAAGAAACGGGAGGACUUCUCAUGUCUUGGCAUUGAGGGGCGUCGUAGCGACGGCGACGACAGGUCGGACCAUGCUUCGGAACUAAAAGUGUUCCGAGAAGGCUUACUGGCACACAGACCGAUGUCAACUCCCUCACCGGCUCGCGUUCAUAUCGCCGCCCAUUCUACUCACAAGCCCCUGGCUUAUCAUAAUUGGAUGAAAUCGUCCGUAACGACCGAGAUCGGUGCGGCCCCUCUAGAUCCUAACAAGAAUCUGUCGACAACUGCCAUUCAGGUCCAACGCGAUGUUGUCAUGCAUAAGAUCUAGUUGCUGCAGUUUGGGUAGGGAGGAUAUGAAAUAAAGUCAUCAAUCACUUUUCGCGCGUUAAGGGAAGGCCCACCAUGAUUUGAAUCCAACGAAGCCGACAAGUGGUAAUCCCCUAAAUUAAUUGUUCAAUGGUAUUACUUAGAUUGAAUGGAGGUGUUGGAAGUUAGGCGACGGGAGUCGGGGAAAAAAGUAAACGCUCAAAUUUUCAUACUUGCAACAAGAUAGUCAUACAUUUAGCAGGGCAUUGCCCACUUCCAUCCAGCCUAUUAAUUCUCUGUUAACC